GCGAAAAUCCACAAAGCAGCGCGCCACAACCAAGACAACCACAGCAACCAACAACCACACACACUCACACGCUUCUCCAUCUCGUUGCAUCGCAGUGGCUGUUGCGGACAGACGGCCGCCCACCAUGUCGGACAUUGACUAUGAGAAGGCGCUGUUGAACAUCUUUGCCAAGAUUGAGGCAGUGGCUAGGUCAAAGGACUACAAGCGAUGCGAAAAGCUCGUCAACAGCCUCAUCGACCUGAGAGUUCCGACGCCAUACGUAUGGAAGCAUGAACGAGUGUUGACCGGCUUGUCAGCCAUCAAGAAGAGCAAAGAUACGCCCAAGCCGCUGAAGAAAACCAUCUCCAGGCUAGUCAAGCAGUGGAUCAACGAUGGGGAGAAGGUGGACGCAGACACAGCGGAGCGCGUCAUGCACACAAGCCGGCCCCUCUCCAGCGCAGAACUCCAAACACAAGCAGAGCUCCGCUUUGGGGCCGCCCCACCCAAGCCCAAGAAGCCCGUCUUUGGCCAACUCGGCAGGGCACCAACCGUCUCGCUCAGCAGCGAUGGCGCCAGCAAGGCGAGCACGCCGACCAAGACAUACCAUGCGCUCGAUGCGAGCGCAAUCAGCAGAAAGCGGCGUGGGCGGUUCUUCAAGCCAGGCUUUGUCAGUGGCUCCGGCGCUGCUGCGACCCAGCCCAAACCGCGCAGCAGCUUGCCUGUUCUCAAGCUCUUCUCCUCCCUCACCCUGCAGAACAUCUGCCUCACAUGGCUUGUUAAGCACGCAUCGCACCUCGAGAGCUUUGGCGAUGUCCCAUAUCACAUUGUGGCGCCCGCGCUGCCCUUCUUCAACGGCCGUGACUUGCUGCGAAUUGAGGAAAGCCACCCCGAAUACACACAACACACCGCCAGUCUUUGGAAAAAGAUUUACCAGAAGGAGUGCAAGCCCGGCGCAUCCACUUCACCGCCAGCACAUGAGACCUCUUGGAAGGACGAAUGGAUCAAGUUCCAUGAUGAGAAGGAAGCGCGGACGAAAGCAAUGAAGGACGCCGUGCACAACGCAGCGACACGGGUUGAGCAAGCGAAGAAGGCCACAAAGGAAUUGAGCCCGUCGCAACAUCGCGCCAUUCGUGCCACCGCAACGAAACCCAAGCGCGCGCCAACCGAUUCCUCGUCUUCCAUCCUCAAGAAGCUCAAGAUGCAGGUUCGCAAGACGGCCCCUGGCGGAGCGCCGCCAACACGAAAGGGGCGAGGGAUGAUACGCGCGUCCCACAAUCGACUGCACAUGAAGGCCCGGCUGGCCUCGCAAAACGCUGCAGCCGCCACAACAUCGGCACAAACUUCGCACUCGUCCCAGUCAACCCAGCACCGGCAGCGCCCCACUGGCGCAAGUCCGCAGCCACGACUCCAACCCAUGUUCAGGCCAUCGAAGAUAGUCCCCACCUCCGCACCGACACCGAGACGAGGCCCACCGAGACAAGCACCGCUCACAACGGCCUCCCACACCAAGCGGCCAGCAACAGCGCCAUCAGCUGCUUCUUCGUCACUAUCAUCAGCGUCAUCAGCACGAUCGGCGAAACGGCCUUCGUCCACGUCCGCCACGCCGCAGCCGCGUAAGGCUUCAAAGGUGUUCCUCCAGCCACCGCGCCACCGCCAGCCGUGCCCCCGCUAAUUGUGUCUGUGCGUGUGUGGGGAGGGUGUGUGUGUGUCUGUGUGUGUGUGUGUGUGUGUGUCUGUCUGUCUGUCUGUCUGU